CAUAACUCCGGUCGCGUUCAGGUCUCUGUCGCGGACUUGGAAUUUAAAUACCCGACCAUUCACUCCGAAAUUUUAUAUUUCUUAUAAAUUUUUAAAUAUUAAGCUGUAUGUGGAUAGUACUUAUGUGUCGCGCGAGGAUGGUAACAGUGUCUCGGGCAUUCUGCUAAAGUGCUAAAGUUUUCUGAAGUGUACGCGUGUGGAGUUUUUUGUGUGGCCGUCCUGAUUUUUAUUUUUCGUAAAGAAGCGAUAUGGCAUGAGAGGUCGGGUGGGCGCGACAUGCGGCGCGGGCCGCUCGCGCAAACGGCCGCCGUCGCUUUCGCCCUUUCGCUGCUGCUGCGCAUUGUUAACGCUGGAUCAAUGGGCCCUGGUGUGCCUGAGAACAUAACAGUGACGUUCCUCAAUCCCACCACUGUGAAGGUGUCCUGGUCCACCACGGCGGAGCUUGUAGAAAAGUAUGAUGUCACAUAUAAACCUUCAGACGCGAGUUACAGAGUGGUGCUGGAGGUGGCGGGAAAUUCAGAUGCUGUCAUACUGAGUGGACUGGAGGCAGAUACACAGUACCAAGUGACUGUAGCCGCACUGUGGGGCGGCCAUAAGUAUAGGAGCAGGCCUAUUGUCUUCCGCACCCUGGAGCCUCCGCGGACGUCGCCGCAGCAGGACGGGGGACUAGUGGGAGCUACGCCCCGAUCAUCAGUUGCACCACCUGAUCCUUCACCUACCUUUCCUACGAUACGAGGAGUGGAGAUAGGGAUCGUUGUAUUGGUGCUGAUAGUGUGGAUAGGAGCUAUAGCACUCUUCUUUAAUCGAUGGGGGAAAAUCCGGAUGCUUCUGCCGUAUCAACCGGAUUACAAGCAAGAACAGUUGAAGGUACCAGGAAGCAGUGCGUUGGCUGCCGCUGCUGCAGGAGGAACUUGUGCCCAUUCAGCACCUUCUGCGUGUUCGCACAUGCGUUGGUCCCAUACGCACACGCAAAGUUUGGAGUGUGAGGAACAUUUGUUGGCGCGGUGCAACCGGCCACGUGUGAACUCGGCCAUCUUUGUCUCCGCUGAGCCCACAGGAUUCGCCGGAUUCGACGCCAGUGAAUUUCUGAGGCGACACGGCUCUCAGUCAAAGUUGUGUCGAAAGGCCAGGUCUGCUGACAACAUACCACUUACAACAAUGAGCGAUUCAUCUGAACGCCUCUGUAAAGCCAAACCACCAAGAGAGGAGACCAUAAACGAAGAAGCUAGCAAAUCAGAUGACAGUGGUAGUGUAGAAACUGUUAAGCACUUUGGACUACCAAUCCUUUCAGUAUCUGGCCCUUCACCUCCCGACGAGGACUAUGAUCAGAUAGAUGAGUAUCUGUAGCAUUUCCAUACUAGUUUCCAGCUGAAAUAUGUGCUGGAAAA